UUUUUUUUCGUAAAGAAACAGCAAACAACAGCAACAACCUCAUCCACUUCCACUUCCCACUUCCAACCAGCAUCGCCAUGUCGCUGGACGCAGCAGAUACAGCAGCAGCCAGCCACAGCGGCAGCGCUGCGACCUCGAGCAGAAGCGAGUCGGUGGCCAGCAGCGAGCCGUCGCGCCCAUCACAACCACCGCUACAGAAGAAGCUUGUCGUUGUCGGCGACCCGAACGUGGGCAAGACCACCCUGCUGACCGUCUUCAAGAGCGGCGUCUUUCCCACUGUGUACGAGCCGACAGUGUUUGAAAACUCAGUCAAGGACAUUAUCGUAGACAGUAAGCCAGUCGAAUUGCUCCUGUGGGACACGGCGGGCCAAGAGGGCAUGGACCGCGUCCGAGUCAUGUCAUACAACAAGGCAGAUGCUGUCUUACUCUGCUUUGCGUUCGAUUCGACCAUUUCCUUUGAAAACAUUCAGCACAAGUGGAUCAAGGAGGUAUUGAAACACUGCCGAGACUCGAAAAUCAUACUAGUGGGCUUGAAAACCGAUCUGCGAGGGGAAGGGGCCAGUCCGUCCAAAGCCGAUGCGGAGCAGCUGGCCAUCAAAUUAGAGCUGGACGGCUACAUUGAGUGCUCUGCAAAAGCCAACCAAGGUGUGACAGAGGUUUUCACACAAGCGGUCCGUGCAACCUUGGCAAUCGAUGUUGGCGGCAAGAAAAAGUGUAGUAUAAUGUAGCAGCGGGGAACAAGCGCAACAACCAUCCCUCGUUCGUAGUUUGUGUUCUUUGUUACUGUAUAUUGGCAGAAAAUGCCAUUGAGUCUAUUCAGAACCAUAUUUUUUUGGAUAAUGCAAACCGUGCAAUCCAGCAGCAAACCAUGAUUUCAUCCUUCCUCAUUUGACAAAUGUUGAACUGAUUAGACGAGUUCCAUUGCGGUGGCA